AUGCUUCCAACUCGUGGUAUUUCUAAAAAUAAAAGGAUCUAUUGCCUGGCUAGGUCAGACCGCAUCAACGCUCUCAGGAAGCAGUAUGACGCAUUUCUGGAAGAAGAUAAAAAACGAAAGGAACGAAAUGAUUUUAUUCUUGGAAAGCUCGAUAAAAUGCGGUAUACCACAGCUUUGGUACGACACAAGCCCAACGCACUUGAAACCCGUUUUGCCAUGAUGGAUCGUAUCGCAUAUCAGCCAGAAUAUUCUCCAGUUCGAGACCUCCAACCGUCACUGAAAACCCCGAGCCAUUUGCUUUCUGAUAUGCCAGUUAGAAGUACCGAAGAUGUUUUAAUACAAGAAAUAAGUAAGAAAUACAUACUCAUUCCAAAACUGAGAACGACAUUCAUUAAUGAUCAUAAUAACAUAUGGAAUGAUACGGCUAGCCAAAUCCAAAAUACCGAAAAAUUGCCCGAUAGACGUCCCACGCAGAACUCAGUCCCUAUAAAUGAUUUAAAACUCAAUCCUAACGAAAAUGCAGACUGGAAGGAUAAAUAUGAAAUUUUAAAUAUACUUAAAAAUGAAGAAAAGGAGAAACAAUCAGGAAAUUCCUUUACUGAAUUUAAAGAGGGCCCGAAACAUUUUGCUCAGACUGAAAGCUUUUUGGAAAACAAUCAAGUUCCUAGUAAUUACGACAGGGAUAUAACUGAAGCAAUGAAAGUUACAGAAAUUCCAGAAAAAGAUUUACCUAAAGAUAAAUUGAUUUAUGGCUUACCUGACACUAGUCAAGUAAGCCAUAAAGCAAGUACAGUAGAAAAUAAAGGAGCCACAAAUCCCAAUCAUUUAAUCGCUAUUAACGAUAAAUUUAAAUCGAUUUUAUUAGAUGACGAACCCGAAGUCACAAACACUGAUGUGCCAGAAGAAAAUACAGAUGAUUAUGAACGACAAAAUGUGCCUAAUUUAAAUAUGAGCCCAAAAUAUGAACCUCAAAAAGUAAAUAUGACUCAAAACUAUGAACCACAGAAUGCAACUAACUUGAGUAUGAACCAAAACUAUGAACCACAGGAUGCAACUAAUUUGAGUAUGAACCAAAAUUAUGAACCACAGAAUGCAACUAAUUUGAGUAUGAACCAAAAUUAUGAACCACAGAAUGCAACUAAUUUGAGUAUGAACCAAAAUUAUGAACCGCAGAAUGCAACUAAUUUGAGUAUGAACCAAAAUUAUGAACCACAGGAUGCAACUAAUUUGAGUAUGAACCAAAACUAUGAACCACAUGAUGCAACUAAUUUGAGUAUGAACCAAAACUAUGAACCACAUGAUGCAACUAAUUUGAGUAUGAACCAAAACUAUGAACCGCAGGAUGCAACUAAUUUGAGUAUGAGCCAAAACUAUGAACCACAGGAUGCAACUAAUUUGAGUAUGAGCCAAAACUAUGAACCACAACAUGCUACUAAUUUGAGUAUGGGCCAAUAUGAACUACAGGUUGAGUCUAAUGUAAAUAUAAGUCCGGCAAUGAUUAAUGAUGAGGGAAAUCAUCUCACUGAGGAAAAUGCUUACUAUCAAGAAGAGUACUCCGUUGAAGGAGAUCCCAGCAAUUUACAAAAUAAUAGUUUAUCUGCCGUACAACAUGAGCCAUCAUAUUCAGGAGCUAUAGUUUAUGAAGACAGCAAUGAUGUCGGUCCGACGACAAUUUUAGAUCAUAAUAUAACAGAGACAUUGGACGUGACAAAUGAUCAAAUUACUGGUGUUAAUUAUAAUGAACCUGUGAAUCUACAACCAGAACCCGCCUCUCAACCGCCAGAACAUUCCCACCAAGAACCAGAACCCGCCAAAGAAGAACUUGAACCAAGUAAAGAACAACCAACCAAUUUUGCUGACAUGACGGAAUCCAUACAAGAGUUUGAUAGUGAACAAAGAGGAAUGUUCUUUCCAGAAUCUGUUGAAGAUUAUCCCAGUCAACAAGGUGAUGGAACUGCUUUAGGAUUUACUUCAAAUGAAUAUGCGCAGAACGAAGCAUAUAAUUAUUAUGAAAACACUCAACCUGAGGCAUACCCCGUUGAGCUAACUGAUGAUGAAAUUACACAACGAUACGAUCCACAUUAUGAACAACAAUAUGCAGGUGUAGAAGAGAGCGUAGAAGGACAGGAAUAUCAACAAUAUCAACAGCCUGAGGUUGUUGAACAACCUGAACCACAUGCAGAAUUGAUGCAAUAUGACCAGCAAUUUGUGAAUCAGGGAAUGAUUGAACAAGAUUUGGAUGCCGAAGAUAGUUAUGCACCACAGCAGAAUGACUUUGUUGUACAACCUGAAGCUGAACCGGUUCAAGUUAAUGAAUUUGACAACCAAGAGCCCGUAAAGAUAUCUGAACCUGUUAGGACAUAA